AUGCCCGAGCCGGCCAAGUCCGCCCCCGCGCCUAAGAAGGGCUCCAAGAAGGCGGUCACCAAGACGCAGAAGAAGGGCGACAAGAAGCGCAAGAAGAGCCGCAAGGAGAGCUACUCCAUCUACGUGUACAAGGUGCUGAAGCAGGUGCACCCCGACACGGGCAUCUCGUCCAAGGCCAUGGGCAUCAUGAACUCCUUCGUCAACGACAUCUUCGAGCGCAUCGCCGGCGAGGCGUCGCGCCUGGCGCACUACAACAAGCGCUCCACCAUCACGUCGCGGGAGAUCCAGACGGCCGUGCGCCUGCUGCUGCCCGGCGAGCUGGCCAAGCACGCCGUGUCCGAGGGCACCAAGGCGGUCACCAAGUACACCAGCUCCAAGUAAAUAGUAGCUAAAAAUAUCGCUUAACCCAAAGGCUCUUUUAAGAGCCAGCUACUUUUUAAAUAAAAGGGCUGAAAAAACACCAUGUAACUUCUUACUGUAGAAUAUUCGGGUUUGGGGUUUUUUUGUUUAUUUUGUGGUUUUUUAGGUUGUUUUGUUUUAUUUUUUUCCUUUUUUUUUCUUCGGGUUUUAGGAUUUUGAGAACACUCUUAAAGGGUUUUUUUGAUAAAAUAGCGUUCUCGAGUUUACUGAUUCAAUAAACAUUCCUUUACUGAAAUGUAGCUGUAAAGUAGGUUUUAAAUGCCUGGGAGUGUUGGGGUUUUCUUAGGUGGUUCUUACCUUAUUUUUAUGCUUUGCAUAAUUUUCAGUUUUAGCCUGGAUUUUUCUAUUUGGGUGGGAAUCAGAAUUGUUAUUAAUAGAUACUCAUCCAUGUACAGCACUGCAGUAACAAGGUCUACCACUUCGUGGUGCUCAGUCUUUCGGGUUUUGGGGGAUUUGGGUCAUUUUUGUUGUAACAGUUGAGAUAAGUACAGCUCACUAAACUAUAGAAGAAUUUAUGUAACGACAAGUGACAUUUACCUUAAACUCUUGCAAAUAACCCAGUGAUCAAUAUAGCUCAAAAGUACUUUCUAAAACCUUUAUCUUCACUGUUUUUCUUUUUAAUUCUACUGUUCAUGUGGGGCGUUUUUUUGGUUUUGUUUUUGCAGUAACUUGCCUAGCUUCCCCCUGUGACUAUUAGGUUCUCCUUGCAAGUCAGAAAACAUGUGAAGAGUAAUAUUUUUUUUACAUAUCUGACCUUUUCUGCAUUUAUCUGUCACAAAUUGUAAUAAAACUAUGAAAUACUAACAAACUAGA